AUGCAAGCGCCAGAGAAGAUUCGUAUGCCCACGAUCGCCAGAGCAGCAUGCAUCUACACUAAGGAAAACGUCUACUUUAGUACGGCGGCACGACAGUCUGAUGUGGUUCUUCACGACGAAAAAGGCGUCAUAUCCAAUUGGAUAUCCUCAGAGAUAAUUGGUACAUACAGAGGAGCGGACAGAUUCCGUCUGAAAUUCUCUUUCAGCCAACCUCUUUCUCAGGUAAAGACCAUACCUCUUGAUCGCAUCCCGGCACGCCAGAUAGACGUCAACGUUGAUGACUAUGUCUCAGUGAAGGAUCUAGAUACUGGAGCAAGCUACUGCUCUAUUGAGGACCUAAGGGAGUGGGUUCGGACCCCUGGUCGUCCCUCCAUGGGCCUUCUUGUCUCCUUCAGGCUACGCCCGGGGACAUUGGUGCGAUUUAGAAUGAACACGUACGUAGUAGAUGGCGUGGAUAAGUGUGCACUCAACAUACUUGGGCCGCUUUGCUAA